CGACACAUCACACUCAUUUAUUGACCUUGUAAUGUUCUUCUUAACCCCAACGACGCUCCUCACAAUGUUGUUGUUUCUUUUCUUAUCUCUUCCAUUCAUUCAUGAUUCCCCAACAUCAUUUGAUCAUGCUUUUGUUUAUUAAGACACUCACUGCCGCUCCUUUUUCUUUUUCGAAUUUGCUUUUACUUCACCAUCACCAUCACCAUUCACCGCUUCAUUCAACCGUCGUGAUCGCUGCCAGCGUCAUUUUCUGUUCCAUUUUUAAUUCAAACCUUGUUGUUCCUUUCCUAUGAUUGCUCUUCUCUGAGCUUUGUGUUCUCUUUGUACUACACUUUGGUUGUUGGGUUUUUUUCCAUAUUUAAACUAGUAAAGAGUAAAGACACACUGUUGUUGCUGUUGUUGUUGUUGUUGUUGUUGGGUAUUCUGAUUCUCUUUUUCUUUUUUGCUGUCUACCCUUUUUCUCUUUUGUCCCCCCAUGUGUUCUCUUAUGCAAGAGGCAACGAUUUAGGCCAAAAAAUGCUGUUGGGGUGGUAGAGUAACAAUAAAAAUUGAGUCUUUUCCUGUUGACCAUGGCUCCAGCUGGGAAGCUUUCUGGGUUUCAUCGAGAAGGCGAUGAUUGGUUCUGUGAUACUGGAUUGCCAAGUGAUAUUGCUGUUUCCAUUGAGGGUGUCACUUUCCAUCUUCAUAAGUUCCCUCUUGUAUCAAAAUGUGGAAAAAUUGCUCGGGCACAUGAAAAGUCCAAGAAUACCCAUGAGGAGACACUCGCAAUGGUGCUGGAAGAAUUUCCUGGUGGUUCGGACACUUUCUUAUUUGUGGCCAAAUUCUGUUAUGGGUUUCGUGUGGAACUGACUGCGAAAAAUGCAGUUCUGGUCCAUUGCGCUGCAGAGUACCUGGAAAUGACAGAUGAAUUUGGAGAAGAUAACUUGUUGUCGAAAUCAGAGAGCUUUUUCCAUAAAAAUAUACUGCGCAACUGGAAAGAUUGCAUUUUGGCUCUCCAAAGUUCCGAGCCUGUUCUACCAAGAGCUGAAAGUCUUCAUUUAGUGGGCAAGUGUUUAAAUGCUCUAUCUAUGAUGGCUUGUACUGACCCAAGUUUGUUUGGAUGGCCCAUGAUGAUGUACGGGAGUUUUCAGAGCCCUGGUGGAAGCAUUCUUUGGAAUGGUAUAAACACCGGUGCUAGAAUUCGGAGCGCAGAAUCUGAUUGGUGGUUCGAAGACAUCUCAUAUCUCAGUGUGAGUUUGUUUGAGAGGCUUAUUAAGACGAUGCAAGCGAGAGGUAUAAGACCUGAAAACCUGGCAGGUGCCAUCAUGUACUAUUCUAGAAAGCACUUGCCCGGUCUGAGUCGGUGGCAGGGUGGCCAAGGCGGCAAAACCCGGACAGUUGUGAGUUUCAGCUUGACGCCUGCUACUACUGUUGAUCAGAGGGUUCUGUUGGAAAGCAUUGAAAAGCUUCUUCCUGAAAAGAAGGGAAGAUCCUUUUGUUGCUUCCUACUUGGACUUCUAAGAGUGGCUUUGAUAUUGAAUGUCAGUCAAACUUGCAAGGAUUCUUUAGAGAGGAGGAUAGGGAUGCAAUUGGAACUGGCAACUUUAGAUAGUCUUCUGAUUCCUACGUAUUCAGAUUCUGAUGCAUUAUAUAACACAGACUGUAUUGAACAUAUAGUCCAGCAUUUUAUACGUGCAGAAUCAAAUUUAACUGCCUUUUCUCCUUCAUCACUUGACCAGCAUGCGUCGUCUCCUUCAUCUGAAUCAUCCAAAAAAGUGGCAAAGUUGAUAGAUAGCUACAUUGCAGAAAUUGCUUCUGAUGUUAAUUUAAAACCAGGAAAGAUACGCGCUCUUGCAGAGGGACUCCCCGAGUCAUCAAGAUUAUUGCACGACGGACUUUACAGGGCACUGGACAUAUAUUUCAAGGCCCAUCCUUGGCUCUCUGAUAAAGAGAAGGAAGAACUAUGCAACAUCAUUGACUACAGAAAACUCUCAAUCCAUGCUUGUGCCCAUGCGUCGCAAAACGACAGGUUGCCCCUCAGGGUUGUUCUUCAGGUGCUGUUCUUUGAACAGCUGAAUUUGAGAACAGCAUUAACUGGAUGUCUCAAUGCAUUGGAUGGUGAAAUUGCUCCAGCAGCUCCUGUUCGUGCAACUGCCUUAGGUGACACGGCAGGCGAAAUUGUACAGAGGGACGGAUGGGUGACCGUUUCGCGCGAAAACCAGGUUUUAAAGGUGGACAUGGAUCGGAUGAGCUCUAGAGUUGGAGAACUUGAAGAAGAAUUCAGCAAAAUAAAGCUAGAAAUGAAAACUGUGGCCAAAUCCCACAGUUCUCAGGGUUCUCCUCGAUUUUUUGGGAGGAAAUUUGGGUGUAAGCUUGUUCCUAGAUCUUCAGAUGCUCAACCAGAAUCCCUUGACCGCUCCGUGUCCACACCAAGAGCAUCAGUUGAACAAGCACGUCGAUCCCAUAAUUCGAAACACAGGGGAAGUUUUUCUUGAGUAUCAAGAAACAAGAGCUACUCUUCAUUUUAUUUAUCCAUAGUUUCAUACAUAGCAGCAGUGUUGUGUGGUUUAGAUUUUUUGUACCGAGGGAAAGGGAAGGAAAAUGUUUCUUAACCCAUUAUGCCUUUUUUUAUUUCACUAGUUUGUGCAUAUCUGAACGUUUUCCAUUUCUUUCCCUCGUGUAAAGAUGGUUGUAUUGUGUAGGAAAUUUCACAUGUUGUCCUGUUUGUCUGGGGAGUAAUUCAUGUAAUUGUCCAUAUAGAUAUAUUCUUCAUUCUGACUUUUGAGAUGUUGACAGUGGAAGAUGUUAUGUGAAGUUCACCAUUGUCAUUGUCAUCUGAGAAAAUCAUAUAGGUGCAAAGCGGGUACACACAGGUUGGAGCUCAGAUAUGCACCUAACUGACCAUGAAGUGCAUGUUUGGAUGCACGUGAACGGUGAAACUAAAACCACAUAUAGACAUAAGGACUUCCCUUAGCUUUUGCGACUGUUCAUCAUGAUUUUGGUUCAUCAUGAUUUUCCACCGUGUAUUUGAAGAUGCACGAAGUCACUACUUGUGAUACUAGCAUAGUUUCUUUUAUAGAUGGUAGUGUAUAGUUGUGACAUUUGUGUAAUUUCAUUAUCUAGGACAAAAACACAUGUGGUAUGAUACUAGUUGACAUUUUUUCGGAGUAUACAGUGAGGUCCAUUUCAUACUGAAAGAGUCAUGAUUCUUGCA